AUGUCUGCCAGGACCCUCACCCCUCUUUCCAGGAUCUACCUCCUGGGGCUGCUCCUCUCCAUUCUCCCAGGUUCCUGGGCCCAGGUUCAGCUAGUAGAGACAGGAGGCAAAGUGACAACUGAGGGCCAGUCUGUGACCCUGACCUGCAGGACCUCUGGCUUUAGCUUCAAGGAUUUUGCCAUGUCUUGGCACUGGAGCCCAACUGAGAGCUACAAGGAGUUCGUGGCCAGAGUCAGCCCCAAAACUGGAAGUAACAAAGAGUACAGCCCCAAAUUUCAGGGCAGAGCAUCCAUCACCAGGAACAAUGAGGCCCGAACUGUCUCCUUGACCUUGCACCAGCUACAAGAGGGGGACUCAGGCAUAUACUACUGCAAUAUGAUGUCAUUGAAGGGGGGCUCCCUGAAGUGGCACUCCUUGGGUUUUUUCCUGAGCAACUGGGAAUAUUUUGGUCCUGGAACAGAACUGACUGUGUUGCCAGUGGAACAGACAGUGCUGGAAGAGUCAGGGGGAGGCUCCCACCGAGCUGGAAAGACCCUGAACCUGAAAUGCCAAACCUCUGGCUUCCAGUUCAAGACAAGCAAGCUUGGCUGGUACCUUUGGGCUCCUGGCCAUGCCCCACUGUGGUUGACCAGUCUCAAGAGUAGUUCUACACAGGCCAGGGAAGACCGAAUCACCACCUCCAGGGAGGAUGCCGGCAGCUGGAUUUUCCUACGGAUUGAGGGCCUGGACCUCAGAGAUUCUGGUCAAUAUCACUGCGCAAGGAGGGUGGGCAAUGGAGAUGACACAGAUAAGUUAGUCUUUGGUCGUGGGACAGAUGUGACUGUGGAGCCUGGACCUCGGGCCCCUCUGUCACCCAGUGUAUUCUUGAUGAGGAAUCAGGAUUCUGUGGCCUGCCUGAUCAGGAACUACUACCCCAAGGAACUCCAAGUGUCCCUGGCCUUCUCUGGAGCUUUGAUCUCACACCAAUCUUUUACUUUGAGUCCCAUGGCCAAUGGCACCUAUAGUGCUGUCAAGAUUGGCAGGGUUGCUGAGAAUGAUACAGUAACCUGCUCAGUGAAACACCUUGGGAAAGACAUACAUGUAUCCCACCAACCAGAUCAUACUGGACCAGACCCUGGGAUUGCCUCUGAACAGAAACUGUCUCGCACUGAGCAAAAACUUAUGGAAGAAACUGAGCAGGGAAACAAGCUAUUCCUCAGUGUGAUGGGCCUGAGAUUGCUAUUCAUGAAGACUGUGGCCAUCCAUGUCCUCUUCACCGCCAUGGCCUUGAUCUCCUGAGGAAGAACUUGAGGAACAAGGUCUAAGAAGUUGCCACUUGGAAUCUAGAUCUCUCUGGGGACCCCAGAAUGAUCUCUGGAUAAACUCAAGAUGACUCCAAAAUGACCCCCAGGACCCAUAAUUAUGCCAGUUAUGUUUAAUCCCCUUUAAGCUCCAAACUCUCCAUUCCUGGGUCCAUAUUUCCCAUGAUAUAGCAUUCCUCAUUUCCUUGAUCCAACAAUAAAGACAAGAAAGCCUU